CUACUUGUUGAAUUGGGAGAUUGCUUUGCUUACUUUAAGCAUUCGUAAUUGGAGAUUUGCCAAACAGAAUGUGUGCAUAGUGCUGAAAUCACAUUCAAUUUUAUUGUUGAUGGGCAACUGCGACUCUAUUUCGUCAUCCUACGAAAGCUCAAAUAAUGGAUUUUUCCUCAUGCCACUUGUUGAAUUACUCAGAAAACAGCAUAUCUUACUACUUCAUGCUGGAGGAGACUCGAAAAGGGUCCCGUGGGCUAAUCCAAUGGGUAAAGUUUUCCUUCCACUCCCAUAUAUGGCAGCAGACGAUCCUGAUGGCCCCGUUCCGUUGCUCUUUGAUCAUAUACUCGCUAUUGCUUCUUGUGCCAGACAGGCAUUUCAAAAUGAAGGUGGAUUGUUCAUCAUGACUGGUGAUGUCCUUCCAUGUUUUGAUGCUUUCAGCAUUGUUCUUCCUGAGGAUGCAGCCUCUAUUGUUACCGUUCCUAUAACUCUUGACAUUGCUUCAAACCACGGGGUCAUUGUGGCAUCAAAAUCUGAGUUGUCAAAAGAAAAAUCUUUGGUUUCUCUUGUUGAGAAUUUGCUUCAGAAACCUAGCUUAGAGGAUCUUGUUGACCACCGAGCCAUAUUAGACGAUGGCAGAACAUUACUUGACACAGGAAUAAUAGCAGUCAAAGGUAAAGCAUGGGAGGAUCUUGUCAUGCUUGCCUGUUCCAGCCAACCAAUGAUUUCAGAACUUCUGGACAGUAAGAAAGAGAUGAGUUUAUAUGAAGAUUUGGUAGCAGCAUGGGUGCCAGCUAAGCAUGACUGGAUGAAGUCACGCCCUUUGGGCGAAGAACUAGUCAAAGCAUUGGGGAAGCAAAGAAUGUUCAGUUACUGUGCAUAUGAUCUCUUAUUCUUGCACUUUGGAACCUCGAGUGAAGUUCUGGACCACCUCAAUGGAUCUGGUUCCGUACUUGUCGGAAGGCGGCAUCUCUGUUCAAUUCCAGCAACCACAGUGUCUGAUAUUGCUGCCUCGGCUAUAAUUAUUUCUAGCACAGUGUCCCCCGGCGUCUCUAUUGGUGAUGAGUCACUUGUGUACGAUUCUUCGAUUUCAACCAAUUCCCAGAUUGGUUCCCAGUCAAUAGUUGUCGGUGUAAAUGUGCCGAAAACCCUUAAUGACGUGUCAGAGAAAUCCUUCAGGUUCAUACUUCCAGACCGCCACUGUCUGUGGGAGGUUCCCUUGUCAGGACGUGGAGAGAGAGUUAUUGUGUACUGCGGCCUCCAUGAUAAUCCAAAGAGUCCACUCAUGAAUGGGACCUUUUGCGGAAAACCCUGGAAAAAGGUUUUAGGUGAUUUAGGAAUUCGAGAUGAUGAUCUGUGGGGUGCAACAAGGGACAGCAACGACAAGUGCUUGUGGAAUGCUAAAUUAUUUCCUGUUGUCUCAUACUUCAAUAUGCUGCAAUUGGCGACGUGGCUUAUGGGGUUGAGUGACAAAGAAAACAUACAACUCCUGCAUUUAUGGAGAAGGUCAAAUAGGAUUAGUUUAGAAGAGUUGCAUAGAUCAAUUGACUUCUCAAAAAUGUGGUUAAGUUCUACCAAUCACCAAGCCGAUCUCGCAGCAGGAGUUGUUGCUGCUUGCCUUAAGUUUGGCUUGCUCGGUCGUAAUCUAUCUCAGAUGUGCCAAGAAAUACUGCAAAAAGAAGGCACUGGAGUUGAAGUAUGUAGAGAGUUUCUAUACAUGUGUCCUGACCUUCAAGCUCAAAAUUCUCAGAUUCUCCCGAGAAGUAGGGCCCACCAGGUUCACCUUGAUCUUCUACGAGCAUGCAAUGAAGAACAGAUGGCUGCCAAAAUGGAGCACAAGGUGUGGGCUGCUGUUGCUGACGAAACGGCUACAGCAGUGAGAUACGGUUUCAAAGAAAUUUUCUGUGAAUCCUCUACUUCAACCACAAGUCCAGCUAGCACAUCACAUUGUACUUUUGGCCAAUCUUCUCACCCAAGGAAAGUGAAAGUUGAGUUACCAGUUCGGGUUGACUUCGUCGGUGGAUGGAGUGACACCCCUCCAUGGAGCUUGGAACGUUCUGGCUGCGUACUAAACAUGGCAAUUAAAUUGAAAGGCUCUCUUCCUGUAGGCACAGUUAUAGAAACUAGAAAAAACACCGGGCUUUUAAUUAAGGAUGAUUCGAGAAACGAGUUAUAUGUCGACGAUAUUUCCUCUUUCACCCCUCCGUUCGACGUGGACGACCCGUUUCGGCUGGUUAAAUCUGCACUUCUUGUCACCGGCAUUGUAAAUCAUACUUUUUUUCAAUCGGCCGGCUUGAAAAUCGAGACGUGGGCCAAUGUCCCCCGUGGUAGCGGUUUGGGGACCUCGAGCAUCCUAUCGGCAGCCGUUGUGAAGGCCCUGCUUCAGAUUACCGAUGGUGAUGAUGGCAACGAGAAUGUGACGAGACUCGUGUUGGUGUUGGAGCAGGUCAUGGGCACUGGAGGCGGCUGGCAGGAUCAGGUUGGUGGCCUGUACCCAGGCAUCAAGUUCACGUCGAGCUUUCCUGGGAUUCCAUUGAGGCUUCAUGUGAAUCCCUUGCUGGCUUCAUCUCAACUGGUUGAGGAACUGCAGCAACGGCUUAUCCUAGUAUUUACCGGUCAGGUCCGACUCGCUCACCAAGUCCUACAGAAGGUGGUGACUCGUUACCUCCAGCGGGAUAACCUGCUCGUUUCCAGCAUCAGACGCCUUGUCGAGCUGGCAAAGAUUGGGAGGGAAGCUUUAAUGAACAUAGACAUUGAUGAGUUAGGGUAUGUAAUGCUGGAGGCUUGGAGGCUUCACCAGGAGCUCGAUCCCUAUUGCAGCAAUGAAUUUGUCGACAGGCUUUUUGCAUUAUCCGAUCCAUACUGCAAUGGCUACAAGCUCGUUGGUGCCGGUGGCGGAGGUUUUGCUCUCAUGCUGGCUAAAAGCGGUGAGUCUGCUGAGAAACUUAAGCAUUUGAUUACCGAAAAUGUCGAUUUUGAUGUCCAAAUCUAUGACUGGGAGAUAUAUCUAACUGAUUAG